GAGAGAGAGAGAGAGAGAGAGAGAGAGAGAGAGAGAGACGGAGGGAAAAAGAGGACAUAACUGUUUCAAACACGUCGACAUAAAUCUUACUUCUAGCUUCUUGCCCUCCUGACGGACUUCAUCACUUUCUACCUCUGCGCGCCAAUGUCCGAGACCACGGAGAAACGACGGAUUUUCCUCUCUUGAGCAUGAGAAGGAUUGGCAAAUCAUCCGCAAUUCAACAUCACCGACCGAGCCACCAGCAUGAGCACUGGAUACAUAUGCUCCAGCAGAAGUUGUUGGCCAGAGAACUAACAACGCUCGGACCGCAGAUACCACCGAGAGGAGAGAGUCAGUUUUAGGUCUCCACAUAAUGGAGCGAGAAUGAACAGAGAGCGGCUUAAAAAAAAGCAUGAACUGGAGGUUUAUUGAGGUCAUCUGCUUCCUGUUUAUAUGGGACCAUAUAACAGUUCAGUCUUCCCGCCAGGACCUGUUGGCUGCUGAACAACAUGUCACCAAGCAAUAUGACUGGCUCAUCUCUGACCGCGGACCUUUCCACCACUCUCGGAGCUAUCUGUCCUUUGUGGAAAGAUUCCGCCAAGGAUUUACGACCAGAUAUAAAAUUUAUAGGGAAUUUGCACGUUGGAAGGUGAGAAACACGGCGAUUGAGAGACGGGACCUCAUCCAGAACCCCCUGCCACUCAUGCCUGAGUUUCAGCGCAGUGUCCGCUUGCUGGGCCGCAGACCGACCACUCAGCAGUUCAUUGACACCAUCAUUAAGAAAUAUGGAACCCACAUUCUCAUUUCAGCCACCCUGGGAGGGGAGGAGGCGUUGACUAUGUAUCUGGCCAAGAACAAAUUGGACCGGAAGCUUGCAAAUGCCACCCAGAACGUGGAAGCUCUUCAUCAGCUGGCCUCAUCCUACUUCAUCGACCGAGAUGGCACCAUGAGGAAGUUGCAUGAGAUCCAAAUUUCCACCAAUGCCAUCAAGGUGACAGAGACACGGACGGGGCCACUGGGUUGCAGUAGCUAUGACAAUCUGGACUCAGUCAGCUCGAUCCUCCUGCAGAGCCCCGAGAGCAAGCUCCAUCUGCAAGGCCUUCAGGUCAUAUUCCCAGAAUACCUGCAGGAGAAAUUCGUCCAGUCAGCUCUGAGCUACAUCAUGUGUAAUGGAGAGGGGGAGUACGUGUGCCAUGACAACCAGUGCAUCUGUCAGUGUGCUGAGGACUAUCCCCAGUGCAACUGUCCCAUCACCGACAUCCAGAUUAUGGAGAACACCCUGCUGGUGAUGUCGGAGUCCUGGGCGGCCUCGUAUAAAGACUUUGAGAGCUCUGAUGAGUUCAAGUCUUUCCUGAAGAGGCUCCCUUCCACUCAUUUCCUGCCCAUCAGCAGUGUGCAUCUUCUGUGGGGCAGUGACUGGGACCUGCAGGCCCGUUACAGACUCCUCCAGAGCUCCCUCGAGAUCCAGCGGCUCAAGAUCCAGCAUACCACCCGCAAGCUCUUUAGCCUCAGCAUCCGCUGUCACCACAAUCCCAGCCACCAGAUGCCUCGGGAGAGAUCUGUGAUGCAGUGGCUCAACAGGGUUCAAUCCUUCCUGUACUGCAACGAGAAUGGAUUUUGGGGCACUUUUCUGGAGAGCCAAAGAACAUGUGUGUGCCACACUGGCGUGACCUUGUGUCAGCGACCAAUCCCAUGUGUAAUAGGUGGCAACAACAGUUGUGCCAUGUGCAGCCUGGCCAACAUCUCCCAAUGUGGCUCCUGCAACAAAGGCUACAAGUUGUACCGCGGCCGCUGUGAGCCCCAGAAUGUGGACUCGGAACGCAGUGAGCAGUUUAUCAGCUUCGAAACCGAUUUGGACUUUCAGGACUUGGAGCUGAAGUACCUGUUGCAGAAAAUGGAUUCACGACUGUACAUCCACACCACUUUCAUUAGCAACGAGAUCCGACUGGAGACAUUCUUUGACCCUCGAUGGCGCAAGCGCAUGUCUCUGACUCUGAAAAGUAACAAAAACCGGAUGGACUACCUCCACAUGAUAAUCGGUUUAUCGAUGAAAAUCUGCCAGAUGCGAAAUAGCAGUAUAGAUCCAAUGUUUUUCGUUUAUGUGAACCCGUUCAGCGGCAGCCAUUCAGAAGGCUGGAGCAUGCCGUUUGGUGAGCACGGUUACCCGCGUUGGGAAAAAGUACGACUGCAGAACUCACAGUGCUUCAAUUGGACUCUCUUGUUGGGUAACAGAUGGAAGACCUUUUUCGAGACGGUUCAUAUUUACCUACGCAGUCGUGCUAAGAUCCCAACUGGCCUCCGCAACGAUACGGGACAGGGUCCCGUGGACCUUGCAGACCCCAACAAGCGGCAGAUCUACAUUAAAAUCUCUGACAUCCAGGUGUUUGGUUACAGCUUGCGCUUUAACGCUGACCUGCUUCGUAGUGCCGUGCAGCAGGUUAACCAGUCGUACACACAGGGAACACAGUUCUACUCAUCCUCAUCUGUCAUGCUCCUGCUCCUGGACAUUAGGGAUCGGAUCAACCGUUUGGCGCCUCCCUCUGCCCCCGGCAAACCUCAGUUGGACUUAUUCUCUUGUAUGCUAAAGCAUAGGCUGAAGCUCAACAACAGCGAGAUGAUUCGAGUGAACCAUGCCUUGGACAUGUACAGCACAGAGAUACUAAAACAAUCAGAUCACCUGACUGCAAAACUCUGUUGAGCGUAACCCUGACAUUAGGACAGCAAACUAAAGAGAACCAUCCAAGAAAUUAACCACGAGAGAAUGUUACUUUUAUUUUAUUUUUCCCUUUUUCAUUUUUUGACCUUUUCUGCCUUUUGAUGUAAUAUUAACUUUGUAAGUAUAAUUCUUAAAAAAAAAAUAAAAUGGAGGGACAGGCACUGAUGAAAAGCUGUUUUGGCAGAUAAAGAAGAUUAAUGGAAACAUUAUAAGGACUGUAUCAUAUUUGUCCCAGCAUGACUGUAACUCCCUUAAUGAACUUAAAAGAGAAAGUGGAAAAAAAAUAUAUAUAUAUAUUAAAUCAAAGUACUGCUGAAAAGGAGGCCUUGAUUAUAAACUAAGGGAUCAAAGGUUAUUAUAUCUGAAACUGCCAUACUUUAUUGAGACAAAAGAAGACAUUUUUAAUGGAACCAAAAAAAAAAUUUAAAAAAAUUAAAAAUAAGGGCAGACCAGAUAUUUUAAUUCACCUAACGUGCAGAAUAUUUCAGACAUAGCGGGCAGUUUAGUAUUCAGAUCUUUAUACAUUGUAAGGAUUAAAUAGGUCUAGUGAGUAAGUAGUCAUCACAUUACUUAUACACUCUAUUAUGUUUCAGACCCUCGGUAAGUCUGCAUAGGGAGUUCUCCGGCACUCUGUUCUGACACAUAAGGCACACAGCAGGGCAGUAAUGGAUAGUCAUGUCAAAUAACAAAAGCCAGCUGUUUAUAUAUACAUAUAUAUGUGGGGUGAAUGUGUGUAUAUAUGAGUGGGCAUGUCUGAAUUCCUUUUUUUUUCCGUUGGCUUAAUGCUUAGUGCUGUUUGUCAAUUGAAUGUGUCACGCGAGAUUGACCCUUUUUUGCUGACUUUUUGCAUUUGGAGCGCUUUUUUAAACCUCCUCUGUAUUUGAAAUGCCAGUAGUUGUUUUUAUUUUAUUUAUUUUUUAUUUUUUUUGUUUUGUUUUGUUUUUCCUCUCCUUUUUUCCCACAAGGCAGACCCUCCUGGUGCGUGAAUGCAAUAUUGUGGUCUGAAGAUUUAACAAUCAAUGCUAUUUUGUACAGCUUUGCAAAAUGUACAUGUUGUGACUGCUGAUUUGUGGAGCUUUUAAGCACCAAAAGCAAAGUGUAAGCAUUCAUCAUUCAGGCACAUUUGCAAGACAACCUAAAGCCAUACACUUCCCUGAGGUAGACAUACAUUAAGUCAUACUGUUUGUCCUGACUUGUUCCUUUCGUACGUCUUUGUUCCGUUCUCUCAGAUGAUUUCAGAUAAGAGCACAGCAAAAAGUAAGACGACACGGGACAGCAUAUUACUUUGAUCGAGAUUGUGUUGUAAAGCCAUUGAAUUUGUAUUUUGUGCUGCAGGAAAAGAAGAAGACAAAGAAGAAGAAGAAGAAGCAAAUCUUAUAUUAAAGCUUAUAAUACCUUUUUGGCAGUGUUACUCUGUACGCAUAUGAUGACCUUGUGUAAAAACUUCAUUUUCUUUUCAGAUAUAAAAGUAACAUUUUCUGCAUGUUGCUGACAAGCAUAAGAAAAGCUGGAAAUUUCUUUAACACUCUAAGUCAUCAAACUGAAACAUGAAACACUACCUAUGUAUGGAUGGUCACACUUUAUUUGGGUAAUCCAAUACAGAAACUGAUUUUAUCGCAGGUCCUGUCAGCUCCUGCAUCUCAAUGGAAGAGAGGAGCUUUUUUAAGUUGUGCAUUACAGGUUUUCUAGCCAUUUCUGGGGUUUGCACUCAAAAGAAAAUAAUAUUUAAAGGUUACAUUUUCGGCUGCAUCACCAGAACUUAAAGUUUCCUUCUACAAAAUAAACUGCUGGCUUUAAUAUUAUUGCAGAACCAACAUUUUCUUCUUGUCACUCCUUUGUGUUGUUAUUAAUUUGAUGUCUGUAGGAAUCAUGAUGUUGACAGUUUAUUUUUUGUUGUGUUUGUAUUUUUGGUAUUUUGUUUUCCUCAUAAUUAUUGUUGCCCUAGACUGAAAUAAGACAAACAUCAAGGAAAGCAUAAAUGUUCUGUAAUGCGAGAAGUCUGCAAAAGUGGAAAUUGGGAUUCCAAAAACAAUCUCCAGGAUAAAAAAGUAUCUAAAAAGUUCUAAGAAUACUAUUCCCAAAAUACUUUCCUACAAUGUGUAUUCACGGUAUUUAGAGUUCUCUUUAGGUGAAUUAUUGCCUAGAUGUAAGCCAACACCUACACAGCUGCAAACUGAAUAUUAUCUGGUGGUAUAGACCAUGAUUAUAAAAUAUGUCAUUAAGUGAAAACAGAUGUUUAAGAUAUUUAAAGUGAGACUAUGUGGAAAGGCUAUGAACAACAUGGGGUACAUUCCAAAGUGGAUUAUUGCUCUAAAAACUGAUGAAUGAAAUGAUAAGCUGAAAAUUCUCUUUAUUUUUAUUCAACUAUGUAUCUGAAAAUAUUAAUGUAACAAUGACAAGUAUCUAUUAUAUUUAACUUAGUAAUACUAAAGUAGUACCUUUUUUUAUGGAAUGUACUAAUCCUGGUAAUGAGGCAGACUUUCCUGAAACUUAGAUAUACACACAUUUCUAAAAUGCUAUUUCUCUUAUCUCAAAAUAGUUUUAGCUAUCAAUGUGAACACUCGUCUUUAAACAGUCACAAUGCUGUCGAUUACGUAUUACAGGAUCAUCUCUGCAGAAUGAUAGAAAUAAUGUAAAAUGUUAUUCAAUUCCACCUGGAGUAGCUAAAUGCUGGGCUGAAUGCUACAUGUGGCUAACUUAGCAGCUAAAUUAUACAAUUAAACCAUGUAAACAACAAUGGAAUACAGAGUUACAGCUAUUAGAAGGUUUAUAAAAUACUUCCUUGAAGUUGAGUGAAAUGUGUAGCCUGGCCGGCCAUGCCCAUGCUUCCUUAUGGGAAGCAAAGGGCCUCGUAACGCUCCCAUUCAAAAAACCCCACCCCCUGAGAAUUCUAACCGAGCCAGUCAUCGCUUUGCAGUCUACGUCACACACUGCAAUGCUCAGUUUCUCAUAAACAACAAAGAUGGCGUCCGAAGCGGAGUUUGCUGCAUCUCACCUCUGUUCUAAAUGACUUGGACAUGUCUUUAAAACCACAACAAGAAGUGCUGUGCUGUCGUUAGACACCAUUUUUGACUACAGCUAUAAAACAACAGCGUUGUGCAAUACAGUGGUCAUUCCCACCUUUUUUCUGAUUGAUUAUUUUUGAGGAAGACGACGACAACGAUUAUUUUUGAGCUGGCUAGUCCCGCCCCUCAUGGUGCUCUCUGCCUCUGAGUAUCCAGACUCGUCCUCUGUCUGGCAGGUCAGGCCAUAAAAUUUGAGUUGAGCUUCAAUUUGAGAAAAGUUUACUUAAUUUGGAACUAUCCCUGCUGUAACUAGCAGUUAGCUCAUCAAUCUAGGCAAAACUAAUUUGUUUCUUUACUGUUCGUAACUUUUUUUAAAGAAAACUAAUUCCAACUGUCACUUUAUAAAUAGCCUUGUAUGAAGUACAUUUCUUAUUAAAUAUGCAUCAAAACCCAAUUUAAUGAAUUUCUGGGAUGAAUUGUCCCUGACAGUCCUAUAAUUUGUAGAUUAGGACACUAAAAGGUCAGCUCUGUGUCAUUUAUUUACACUUAUUAUUUUUUCUUUUGGUCUACGACCAUUUGUAUGCUAAUAAAAUCACAACUAGUGUCCUCUGUUUGCAUACUACUGUUAGUACUAUGAGUAACGAAAGGUCUACAGCUACAUGGAAAUAAAUCUAAAUCGCCUACAAUUGUUAAUCUGAUUCAGCUAUAAGUCUGCGAAAAAAUGCUUUUACAAAAAUUGCAAAACAUUGACUGUACUUGUGUUGUGAUGCUUGGUGUUUAUGCAUGCAUUGGUGUUGUUUUCAUUGUAGAAGUCAUUAGAUGUGCACCCUGUUGUCAAGUGCAACAACUGAAUUCAAAUGUUGUGUUUGGUCAAUUCCUUGAGGUAUAUGUUGUGUUGCUUUUGAUUUAAAAUUCUGCCAUGCAGAACAUGCACUUUCUAAGCAAGUUAGAUAUGUUUCUAUAUGGUGUUACGUGUGUGUGACAGAAUUAUUUGAAAUGGCACCGAGCUGAACAAACAAACAGAUUGCCAAAUAAGGUUUGAGGUGCCUCUAAAUGACUAGAAUCCUGCAAUGUAGAAACACAGUAAAAAUGUAAUUUAUUUUAUUAUUAAGUGUCAGUAUUGGAUUAUCCAAACAAUAUGUAACAUUAUUAUUAUUAUUAUUAUUAUUAUUAUUAUUAUUAUUAUUAUUAUUAUUAUUAUUAAGUGCCUGUUAACAAUCCCUUUAAUAUGUUUAGAGUUGGAUAAAAACACAACAAAUCUUACUUAGAGGAAUGACUUUGGAUUAGUUUCAGAAUUUAAGACCACACCUGUAGAUCAAAUAUAUUGUGUUUAGUCCCUCUGGUAUAAUUCACUUUAAAAGAGACUUAUGCAUGAGGGGUUUAAUUGACCAUCAAACAGAGACAGCAGAUAACUCAAAGAAAUGGUGGAUAUUUCUUCCCCAGUUGUACAAUACAUGUGUAAAUAGGAUCUUGCUAUGACAGUACCAAUGCUGUGCUACAGUAACACUACCAUAAACUAUCAAUAUUAAAAGGGAAUUUCAAAAAAGGCCCUCCAAAAACAUAGCACAAAAUACAGGGCACCCAUGUCUUAUGUACUGAAUUAAAUUCAUGACCAUCUAUGACUGUUUUUAUAUUGUUGAUAACUUGUAUAUUGCAAUUUAGUUUUGAGCCACUUGAAAGGUCCAUAAUACAAGCACAUUUACUCGUAUGGCAUUAUGCUACCACAGUGUUGCUUACUGUACAUGUAUUCAUAAAUUUGUCUGAGCAUUUUUACACCUAAUACCUUGCCUAUGUAAUUUUUUGUUUUGCUUUUCUGUUGGGGUUAUUAUAUCAGCUAAUUUUAAAUGAAUGUUUCAUAUAAUAAUCUAUUUCUCAUUAAAAUGUUAUAUUUAAUAAGAAGCGC